CCACCGCGUCCCCGCGUGUCCCAUCAGUGUCCCCCGGGGGUGUCAACCCCCACUCCACCAGCGUCCCCUCCGAGUGUCGCCUGCUCAGAGCAUCCCCAGAGUGUCCCCAGAGUGUCCCCAAGGCCAUGGAGCUCCAAAAGCUGUCCAAACCCCUGCUGGAGUCGCUGGUGGCCAUGGUGGACGCCCUGGGCAAGGUGGUGGCCACCGUGGCCGGGCCAGAAGGGGACGUGCUGUUCACGGAUUCCCGAGGGUCGCUGCACGAGGCCCUGGAGCUCUUCACUGAAAACCUCAAGGCCACCCUGCGCCUCAGCGCUGCCACCGCCUUGGGCAAGACCCUGGCCAAGGCCAGGACCACCCCAGGGGCCACCCGGGCCAGCGUGACAAGCGCGGCCAACGCCUGGCAGGACUCGGUGACCGAGGUUGUGGGUGAAUGGGACAAACUGGUCAGGAAAGCCACCGAGCUCCUCCAUGCCUGCAAGGAUGUGGUGGCCACCAUGGGAGGCACCGUGGACACCAGGGACCUGCAGGAGAAGGUUGACAGGUGGCUAAAGUCCGUGCAGAACCUGGUGGCCAAGACCUGGCGGCUACCUUUGGCCACCGACAAGGAGAAGGCGGCCGCAGCAUUGGAGGAGUACAGGAAUGAGGUGGGGGCGGCCAAGGAGAACACGCUGGUGGCCCUCAAGGCCGUGGAAGAAGCCGUGGUGGCCACCAGCCAGGCGAAGGCGGCCAACAAGGCGGCCGAGCGGGCGGAGAAGGCCCUGUGGCCACUAAAGGCCUUGGUGACCACAUGUGUCAAAGUCAUCAAGAUGUUCCAGGAGCUGAGCUGUACGGUUGGGGACAUCCAAGCCACCCUGAAGGGGACAAAGGAGGAGUCCCCGACCAAGCUGGUGUCGGCUGAGCGGCUGUGGAGGGCCAGUGAGAAGCUGGUCGAGUGUCACCUGAAUGACAUAAUUGGGGACAUCGAGGAGCUCCUCCCAAAUGGCCCUGGUGGCCGUGGUGGCCUCAGUGGCCACACGGUGGCCGAGAAGUGCCAAGAAGCCAUCAAAGACAUCCCAAAGCUGCUGCCGAGACAGUGAUGUCACCACGGUGACGUCAUUGGGGACGGUGACAUCACAGGGGGGACAUCGCUGGUGACACUUGUCUCCUACCCAGCAACCCCAAAAUCUCAGGAAUUCCAUUGGAAAUCCCCAAAAAUCCUGGGAAUUCCACUGGAAAUCCUCAAAAAAUCCCGAGAAUUCCAUUGGAAAUCUCCAAAAAAGGGACCUGGGAACCCCCAAAAUCCCGGGAAUUUCAUGGGAAAUCCCCCACCAAAAUCCCGAGAAUUUAAUUGGAAAUCCCCCAAAAUCCUGAGAAUUCCAUGGGAAAUACCCAAAAAAGGGAACUGGGAUCCCCCCAAAUCUUGGGAAUUCCAUUGGAAAUCCACCAAAAUCCUGAGAAUUCCGCUGGAAAUCCUCCCAAUAAUCCCAAGAAUUCCAUUGGAAAUCCCCAAAAAUA